AUGUGCGACAUCCAAGAAAUGUAUCUUCAAGUUAGUAUUAAGCUAUCAGAUAGGCCGUUUCACAGUUUCCUUUGGAGAUCGUCAUUUGAAAAUGAACCAGAAGUCUACCAAUUCAAUCGUUUGGUAUUUGGCGUAAACGCGUCACCGUUCUUAGCACAGUGUGUUUCGCAGUAUAAUGCUCAGUGCUUCACUAAUGAAUUUCCCUUGGCUGCAGAAACAGUAUUAAAAUCCACGUACAUGGAUGAUAGUAUGGAUUCGGUAUCGAAUGAAGAAGAAGGAAUUGAGUUAUAUCGUGAACUAUCUGGACUUUGGCAAAAAGCCAGCAUGUAUGCAAGGAAAUGGUUAUCAAAUUCUCAAACUGUUCUUGAACAAAUUCCAAAGCGAGAUAGAGCAUAUGAAAUAGAUUUAAGUAAAAGUGAGUUACCAUCAGUGAAAACCAUUGGUGUUCUAUGGAAGGCCGCUACUGACAUAUUUGCCUUUUGUUAUAAUGCACCAGAUUCAACAGUAAACUUCACAAAGAGAAGUCUUCUUAGUAAAAUCGCCACAGUUUAUGAUCCUUUAGGAUUUCUCACGCCCUAUACUGUUCGUGCAAAGAUUUUGAUGCAAGAAACCUGGUUGAAUGGAACAGAUUGGAAUGAAAAUUUAUCUAUAGUGUUGAAUACUGCAGCAAAUGAAUGGUUUCAAGAAAUGAAAGAACUAAAAAAAGUAACAAUUCCAAGAUGUAUUUAUUAUAGUGACAAAGUCGAUGAAAUACAUGUUUUCGUUGACGCUUCAGAAAAAGCAUAUGGGACUGUUGCAUACAAUAGAUCGAUAAUUGAAGGAAAUCCUAUGUUGAGAUUUAUUUCAGCAAAAAGUAAAGUUACUACGCUUACAACAAUCAGUAUUCCUAGAUUAGAAUUAAUGGCCGCGUGUCUUGGACUGAACUUAGCGCAGAACAUAUGCAAAAGUUUGGAAACAAAUGUGAAUUUGGUUACUUUCUGGCCAGAUAGUACAAAUGUUCUUUGGUGGAUUCGAGGACAAAGCAGACGAUAUAAACCAUUUGUAGCCAACAGAGUAGGGAUGAUUCAUAGUGUUACAGCACCUGAACAAUGGUUUUACGUUCCCACAGCUGAAAACCCGGCAGAUUUAGCAUCUAGAGGUUUAUCAAUAACAGAACUGAGUGAAAGUAAAUUGUGGUGGACAGGACCUAAAUUUUUGAUGUUACAGAAAGAACACUGGCCUAAGAAAGACUUUGUACAAAGUGAUGAAGCAAAAACUGAAUUGAAACGAAAGUCUAUGAGCAGUGACUGUGAAUUUUAUCAAUUUUUUACAGAAGAUAGAGCAAAUGCUGUUCUGGAAGAAGAUAGACUUGAUCCUAUACGUUAUUCCAGUUGGAGUCGGUUUGUACAUGUAUUCACAUGGGUCAAUAGAUUUAUAGAUAACUGUCAACUUACAGAACAAGAAAGAAGAAAAUCGGGUCUUCUUGUCGAAGAAAUUAAGUCGUCAAAAAUGCAGAUUAUUAAAAAGGCUCAAAUGGAAAGUUUUAAAGAAGAUUAUCAAAGUCUCUUGAAGGGGAGAGAACUCUCAUCAUCAAGCAAAAUAUUAGCUCUGAAUCCAAAGUUAGAUGAGGAAGGUGUAAUGCGAAGUGAUAGUCGAUUAAAGUUUCACGAGUACCUUCCAUAUGAUGUACGCUUUCCUAUUAUUCUUCCAAGGCAGAAUUGGAUUACAAAGUUAAUUAUAAAACAUUUCCAUGAGCAAAACAAACAUUGCGGUACAAAUCAAACUUUAUCAGCAAAAUAUUGGAUUAUCUCAGCAAGGGAGGAAAUCCGUAAAGUUGAAAAUGACUGUUAUAAAUGCAGACGUCAGAAGGCUAAAGCAGCACAACAGAUUAUGGGACCUUUACCAGAGUUUAGGUUAGGAAAAUCGAUGCAAGCAUUCAGCGAAACGGCAGCAGAUUUCGCAGGUCCAUUUUUAACUAAACAAGGCCGCGGUAAAAGUAAGACUGAAACGAUACUUAUGUGUUUUCACGUGCAUGGCAUGCAGAGCAGUUCAUCUAGAAAUAGCCUACAACUUAACCACAGACUCAUUUAUGAAUAUGUUCUAUAG